AUGACGCAGCACGUUAUCACAAAUAGCACUAAUGAAGAUCUGAAGAAAGAUGCGAUAAAAAAUGCACAGAAAGAUCUAAUAAAUGGUGUCGUAGAUAAAGGAAUUCAGGUGGAGGCGAAGGUGAACGGUGAUUGGUUCACGGGUCGUGUAACCGCAGUAGAGACGGGAAAGGAGAACAUACGCUGGAAGGUCAAGUUCGACUAUGUUCCCAUGAACACUCCAAGAGACCGCUGGGUGUUUAAGGGCAGCGAUGACGUCCGUCUUAUGCGUCCUGCCUCUCCAGAGUCCCGAAGUCCAGACACCAAUCAGGGUCCAGCACGGUCUGUAACUCCGCCCACCGCUGCUGAGCCUGACACGACUCAGAGCGGGCCGAGCAGAGAGACCACAGAAGGCCUUGUGACCAUGAUGAGGACGCUGAUACGGUAUUUCUUCCCUCCGGAUUUCCGAAUCCCUAAAGAUUCUGUGAACACUAUGAGUGCGGAGGACCUCGUGGCCUUUCCCAUCAAAGAGUAUUUCCAGCAGUAUGAGGCCGGACUGCAGAGUCUGUGUAAUUCCUACCAAACUCGGGCGGAGUCGCGGGCACGAGCCGUGGAGGAGAAGAGCAGCGGGGCAGAAACCAAACUUCGGGAAUCUGAGGAGAAACUCCGCAAACUCAGAACCAACAUCGUCGCUCUUCUGCAGAAAGUCCAGGAGGUCUGAAACACACACACACUCACUCACUUUACUGCAUUCACA